GAUGGGUAGAAGAGAACGUCAACAUUUUGUGUAUACGAAAAUAACGAAAGUAAAAUGAAAGUAAAUAAUCGUAGUUUCUGAAAGAAUAAAAUAAUUAAACAAGUUUCACUGGAAAAAAAAACAGUGUAGAACCUUUUUUUUUGCAAAUAUCUACAUUUCCUUUCCAUCUGUGGCUUGCUCUGUUAGCCUCCGAAACAUGUCUCAAAGUGCGGUGCCAGUGCAACGACGAGGAGGAACUUCGGAAACACCUAGAUUUGGGGAUGCUACAGAAUGGGAGGCUCGAGAAGCUCAGAGACAGCGGGAGUUGGAUGAAGCACGAGCGCGCGCUGCUCAAAUGGAAAAGACGAUGAAGUGGUGGUCAGAUUGUACGGCUAAUUGGCGUGAAAAAUGGAGUAAGGUUCGAACAGAACGGAAUAAAGCAAGGGAAGAAUCUAAGCAGUUGCGAGCCAAUCUCGACAUAUCUAUGAAAGAAGCUAAUUCUUAUAAGCGGGAGAAAAAUGAUCUCGAGGUACAAAUUUCUCAACUUAAAAAAGAAAUGGAAAAGGUUCACACCUUAAUGAUGAAACAUGCCGAUCAAUUUCACAAAACAGGAAUGUGUGAUGCUUCUGAAGAUACUGAAGCAAAUGGGCGUGAUGCUAAUUGCUCACCUGAUAUUUCAUCUGAUGGCUUAAAAAAUGUGAACAGUGAAGACGGAUUGGUUACUAAGGCGAUUUGUAAUGAUUUGAAAGAUUUGGACAUUGAAGAAUUUGUUCUUAAAGGUGCCGUAACAAAAAAUGUUAACGAAAUGGAUGAGGUAUCAGCUGAAGAAAAACGUUUAAUACAACAAUUAUCAAAAGACGAUUUUGACGAGGAAUAUUUGCUUCAAAAAAUCUCAAUGCUUCAACUGCGUUUAGAUGAAGCACAAAAGACUGUACAAGCAGAAAGAGAGGAGAAAAAUAUUCUACAUAAAACAAUCGAAAAGUUAACAUUGGAAAUACAAGAAGUACGUGAUCGCCAGGAAGAGCUCCGCCUAGCUAAACAGGAAGCUGUUCGAGAAUUGCUGACCCUACAAGAACAACACCGCGCUGAAAUGCGAAUAAUAAAUAACUCAUUGCAUGAAGAAACUGCAUCACGGGAAAACCUCGAACGGCGCUUAUCAGAACUGCGUACUGAGUUGGAACGUCUUCAGGCCGAAAAUGCAUCAGAAUGGGGUAAGAGAGAACGUCUUGAAACAGAAAAGCUUGCUUUGGAACGCGACAACAAAAAAUUGCGAGCUGAAGUACGCGACUAUCAAGAGCGUUCUGAUCGCAAAGGUCGACCAAUGCAGGCGAAUGACGUUGAAGUACGUGCACUGCAACAGGAACUUGCUGAUCGAAAUAAAGAAAUAAGCGAGAUUAAAUUAUCACAUUCCAAAUUGAAGAAACUGUUAGCCGAAACCAAUACAGAGUUAGGACACGCUGUUCGGCGAGCAGAACAAUACGAAGCCGAGGUGAAGCGACUCCGACAGCGAGUGGAAGAAUUGAAGCGUGAAUUAGCCAGUGCUGAGGACGAACUGGACUCGGCUGUAAAUCAGGUGCGCCGUUUACAAAGAUCCAAUGAUGAAUUAGUUGGUCAAACUGAAGGACUCCAAGUGCAAAUUCAACAUUUGCAAACCAGACGAGCACCCAGCCCUCAAAUGCGCACCGUAGGCGGUGUACAGUUGCGCAAUAAGAUCGCCGUAGAAAUUCCUAGUGAAUGCUUGCCCAAUAUCAAUGAUUUACGUCAGAUUUUUGAUGAUCAACCUGUUGGCAACCGUCAUAGCCAUAAUGCAGCUAGCAGCUUACCGAAUGGGGGUAGCGCGGAAGCUGCUAUACCAAAACGCUCAAGUCAUACGGAACGUACUUUGAUGCAGCAGACAAGCACAUUUUUCGAUGCGAAACCAUCGCACUUGGAAGAAAAUAUUUUUGAGUCGAAAUCGCGCAAUCUGGAAUUUGAGCGGGCCAAACAAAAGUUUGAUAAUCCAUCUCAUCUGCAGCACCAACAUCAUCACCAUCAGCGCGAGCAGCGUGAACGGUCAUCUGGUAGAUUUAUUGGUAGUGGCCAGCAACAACAGCAACAAACUAGUGGUAAUCGCUCGAAUCUGGCACUGCCAUUAAAAACGACCAACACCUCGAGCCUAGGUAUGGGCGUGAGUGGGAAUGGCAGCGCCAGUUAUAAUUCUAAUGCGAACACAAAUUCAAAUCCUAAUUCGUGUAAAGACGAUGUAAAUCGCCAAUUAUUUCUGGAGGAUCAUUCGCAUUCCUCCAAGACUGGUGGUGCUGGUGGUGGUAACGUUGGUGAAGCAGUUGUGGUUGGUAUAGGUGGCACUGCUAGGGCCACCAGCACUAAUCAAUGUGCUGGCGGCAGUUAUUCACGGAACAGUAUUAAUUUAGAUGGUCUCAAAGUGUCCGACGACGAGACUCCGUAAUUACGGUUCGACGAGCUUAUUGUUGGAUGACGAAACUGAAGAAAUAAGUGACGAAGGAAUUUAAUUUAAUUAAUUAAUAAGUCUUUAUGUAAGAACGUAUGUAUAACCAUAUAUAUGAACAUAAAAGUAUUCCAUUAUUGUGUUAGUUUAAGUAAGCAUAUUUCGAAUAUAUUCUUAUGCAACGAUAUGUCUAUUCAAA